AAUAAUCAAAGCUUUCAUCAAGUCUCUUUUCCUCCCUAUUUUCUGUUAAAAUUGGGUUUGGAAGAGGAAUCUGUGAUUCUGUGUUUGGUUUUUCUGUUCAGUAAAAAUGGAAUCUUUGAGCUGUGUUUUUGAGGACAGAGGUUUUAUGUUUUCGGAUGAAUUACCGUUAGACUCUUUCACGAGAAGUAGAAGUCACAAAGAAGAAUUGAGCUUAAACCCCUUUUCUGAUCAUCAUGAAAUCAAUGAAGGAGAAGUGUUCACUGAGUCCAGUUUGGCUGAAAUGCUACAGAGAUCCGAAACCGAUAAUGAUCUAAGGGAAACAACAAAGAGAAUGUCUCCAAAGAGUAACACAGAGUCCAAACAAGUGAAAAGGGCUCGGACCACGAAUUUCAGUUCCAAACAAGCCCUUGUUUGCCAAGUUCUUGGAUGCAACAGAGACUUGGGUUCUUCCAAAGACUAUCACAAGAGGCAUAAAGUUUGUGAUGAGCACUCCAAGACUCCCAAAGUCAUUGUGAACGGCAUGGAGCAGCGAUUUUGCCAGCAAUGUAGUAGGUUUCAUAUGCUAGCUGAAUUUGAUGAUGAUAAAAGAAGUUGUCGCAAGCGCCUGGUAGGCCACAAUGAGCGCAGACGAAAGCCUCACCGUGAAUGUCUUUGGGGGCCAAGGCUAUUAGAUAUGCCAAGGGGCAGAAAUUCCAUAGGCUCUCACUCUCUUCUGUCACCCCAUUCAAGAAACGUUCUUCGCAACUCAAAAAUGGGUAGAGAAAAUUGUCAUUCGGGCACGAUAAUGAACGGUUUUUGAGCUGAUUAUGAAGCUGAAAUGGAUAAAAAUCUGCACAAGAGACCAUUAGAUUGCUUGAGUUUUUUCCAUAUUUUUCUGCUGGAAGAGGGGAAACCAUUGAUCUGCAGCAGCUUUCCACUCAUCUAUUGAGAGUGGAGCAGCAGAGAAGAAGCUAUGGUAAGGUGAAACACCACAGCUGUAACUGUAAUUUUAAGAAAUGUUGAUCAAUUUAAUUAAAAAAUAAUAUAUUUAUCAAUAAUUAUAGAUAUUAAUGCAUGAUUAAAGUUAAUAUCAACUUGAUGUCAACAAAUAACAAUCAAACCACUCAAACAUCUAGCAGAAAUAAGAUACUACCUUCGUCCCACUCUCUUUGUCCACUUUUGACUUUUGGAACUGUUCAUCUAAGCACUUUGACUCAUCAAAUUCUCUCAAUGUGUAAGCCUAAAUAUAGUCAUGUGUGAUCUUGUUUGAUUUGUCUUAACAUAUAGAUUAUUAAUAUAUAAUUUCUAUAAUUUUUUAAUAUACAAAUUACAAGAUAAAAUGAAUUAAAGAAGUGAAUUGGAU